CCGGCUUGACAAGCCGCCCCCCCUCCCCAGCUGCCCAGACGGAUACCACGUUUGAGCAGGGAGAAGCAAUCCCAGAGUCCCAACUGAAGGGGAGCCAGGAAAAGCCACAGAGGCUGGACUGUGAACAUCCUCUGGCUUUGCUGCUUGGACAUGUGGAGUGUUCACCCACGUUCCGUGCCACUGCCAGCUCUGCCAUUUAUUCAGCUCAGAGGUUUCUCCUCCAGGAGUGAAAGAAGCCCUUCUCUCACGAUGACAGCUUUACUGCCUCGGCCAUUCUCACAGAUCAAAGGGAACAGUACAGCACUCCUGGGACGCUGCGAAGAUGGCGCCGGUGCGGUCAUCUCAUCGGGUCUGGCAAGGAGAGAAGACAGGCUGGCGGUGACACCAAAGAGGAUUUUCAAAAGCUUUCUUUGGGGGGUGCAGAAUGCUGAAGCAGAGCAGCUGGGACCCGGGUUUCUGAGUUGGUUCUGUCCAGAGAGCAUCUGCAAGCAGCGGGUCCAUUUCCAGGAGGGGUCGGUGUCCAGGACCCAGUUCUGGCUUCUCUGGGUCAUCGCAAGGGAUGCUGGGCUUGUGGGCUUGGGUCGCAUGAUGCUUGUCUUGGGGCGGGUUCUGCACACAGGAACGGAACUGGAGAGGGAGAAAUGCCCAGGCUGCUUUCAUGGACCCUGGAGGAGAGCCCUUCCCCAUGAUGGGGGUCUGUUUGUUUGUGUGUGGGGGGGGAGGGGUGUUAUUGCGCUGGAGCAGCAGCUGCACACCAGAGACGUCUCUUCCUCUCUCAGUUGCCUCCUUUUGUUCUCUGGCAACAGGAAGGCACUUUUAUUGGUUCCAAACAAAUCAGGCCUUUCCACUGCUAGCAUAUCAUUAUCUUCUGUUCCUCGCUCUUCCAGCUGGAAAGAAAAAGAAUGGCAGAAGGGGGCGGACAGCCAGGAGGGGAAGGAGGGAAGGAAAUGUCUGGAUAAGGGUCAGCCAGGGGAAGAGCCACGGGCUAGGGAGACUCCCUGGCGAGCUCAGGGGGCAACAGAAAGAUUUUUUUCCAAGGUGUCUUGGGAAGAGAAUGUAUGCCUCAGUGCUGGUUAAAUAGGUUUGGCAGGCUUCUCUGUUGUUUUCAAAAAACUGUUUUACUGGAAAUGACAUGGAUGGGGGCGGAAGAUGCACGGUUGUCUCUCUGUCUCUAGUUUUAGAAGAUGCUCACCAAUCUGGCAGCCAAGUUUUGAAGUUCUUGACCAGUUGUUGUGGCCAAGACUUGGAAAAGGCCAAUCUGAGCAAGCCAACUGCAGAAAAGACGAAGCCCAGGAAAUGCUUUCGUUCCUGUCGCAUGGCGAUCCUGCCUUUCCUCCUCCAUGGAAUUGCUAGACCCACACACACAUGAUGCCCCCCCCCACUGGACUUCUGCACAGGGUCUGUAUCAUGUCCCUUCAGACCGCGCCCCCAGCUACAGCUGCCAUGUUUCAGGAUGGCAAGGCUUACCCACUCACGAUGACUGUCUUUCAGGACUCACGUGGUGCCCAUUAAAUUAUUUGUUAGGGCAAAUUAUCUUCUGUACAUCUCUUUAUUCAAGACAAUUUCCAAGGAUCAACAGCAAAACCAUCAAUAAAAGUUUCCAUAAAACUGUAAAUUCAUUAUUAAACCAAUAACCACAGAAUCACAAUUUUAAACCAAGAAAUCACGAUUGAACACUGUAACCCGGAAAAAGUAAUACGCCCAGAAUCAUUGCAACAAAGCUUCCCGCUAAA